AUGGCCUCCUUCCAAUUUCAUGCUCAUUUGAAUCAUCUCCUACUCAAAAUCCUCCUCCUAACCUUUGUGACGAAACCAUCCUUCAGUGUCACACCAGAUGAUCCUACUUCUCAGUUAAUCAUCAAAAUUUGUGACCAAACACUAGAUAAACAGUUCUGUAUAAACGUCUUACAGCAAAAUCUACCUAGUCCAUCAACGGAUGCUCAAACUUUUGCCAAAAUAUCGAUCAAUCAAGUGCUGGCAAACGUUACCAAUACUUUAAGUGCUGUAAGACAAGCAAAAGCUAGUGCAAGUAAGGAGGUUGCAGACCUCCUUACAAUUUGUGAAGAGGGUUACACCGUUGUAUCUUCUUCAUUUAAUGAUGCCUUGCAGGCACUUGCCAUAAACGAUAGUGCAUCUGUGUUCUUGGAUGAAGAACAGUCGGAAAGGCCUAUAAAAGACUGCGCAAAUAACAUUAAUUCUGUGCUGCCUCAGUUUGAAAAAUAUAACGCCCAAAAUCUAGCACUUCAGAAGAUCUCAGCUGCUGCUGCUUCUAUAUAUUUCCAACAGCCACCUAGAUCUUAG